AUGGCUUAUUGUGAAGAGGCAUCGCGGGCCAUUGACCGCCUGAAAGAAAUACUCUGCCAGUUCCCCGAGGAUGAUCUGAGUCGUCUCAGCAAUGAGCUGAAAUCACUGAACGUCAUCAGACCACCAGAUCUCCCUCUGGGUUCUGCUGUAUGGAGCACCAGAGAUAAACUCAAUGAAGUCCUAAACACCAUCGUACGGCAAGGAGAGUCCGCCUGCCAGAGAUUCCUCUUUCACCUAGAGAAGCUGAUACUCCGAUUCCCAGCCUUGUCUGACCUGUCUAAUGCAAAAAGAAAAGCCUUCUGUGAAAUCACGUCUCUGCUUGGGAUGAAGGACUAUGGAAGCCGUGCUAUAACUCUUCGUGAAGUGUUGACCAUCGGGCAAGAGGAUUUAAAGCCAAUGACUUUUCAGACAGUGAAGGACAAUCCAUGGUUUUUCCUAAGGAUGCUCAUGUCUCUAAACAUCAACGCGCGCAAUGCAGAGCUUAUGCAAUCAAACUCGAGCGGGAACUGUGAUCAGGAAAUCAGUGACGUUGACCAUGUGGGCAACGUUCAUCCACUUGACGUCCUGUGUGCGAUCCUUCAUUGUUCUGAUGGUUUCUUACAGCAAGAGAUUGUUUCCAAAAUGUCCAUGUGUCAGUUCGCUGUCCCCCUGCUGCUCCCUGCCUGUGAUAGCCCAGGCUACACCUUUAUGUUGUGGGCAAUGAGAGACAUUGUGAAAAAAUGGAGACCUCACUCUCUGGUGGAUAACAGAGGAUUCAAGGAAGGAAAUAUAGUCAACAUCUCCAUGCCGAUCUUCUCCUUCGUGAGGCUCGGGGACUGCAGCUUGUCCAAAUCAGACAUUCUAAAUCACGUUCUCUCUUCCAGCCAGAGGCUCCUCCCUUUUUUCAUCCAUAGGAACAUGGAAGGCGGGAACAUUCCACGGAAAAUUUCAGAUGGCUUGGUGGAAACCUCCUGGUACUUCCCCGCCGGCCAAGGGAGCGUUUUUCCAGAGCCCAUUAUGGUUACCAACCUACGAGGGGAUGUGUCAUCGAACUGGACGCAGUUCACCUUUCUAACGGAGGUCUCCACGGCUAUUUUUAUAUUCGUCGACAGUAUUAGUGAGGAUGAUUACCAGCUGCUGUCAAGGCUGGGAGAUGCUCACACUCAGUAUUACUUUGUCAUAUCAAAUGCUUCUGAAUCACUCCGUGUCACUCAGAACUAUUUAAAGAAACUUUCUCCAAGUCUGAAAAUAGAUGAAAGCCGGGUGCUUUUAAAAAGGAGAAAUGUCAGCCAUGCAACGGUGGUGAAAAAGUUACAGUUUAUCAUGGCGGACUUGAUAAAGGCUUUCCCUAAAGUGCCUAACUUAGAAGACUUGGCGGACAAGGCCUGCAAGUUUAGGAUCUGUGUAGAUGAGAAUUCAAAGGAAUGUCUGACCGCUAAACGCCACGCACUGGAAAUUACGGAGAAAAUCGAGGACGUGGAAACAUAUAAACAGAACACAAUGAUACUUCAGGGGGUGCUAUGGAAAAAACUGGCAGACACGGAUAAGGAAUUGCACAGGAGGAAAAAACAAGGCGAUGAAUGCCUACAGAAAUACAGCUUGCAACUCAGAAAGGAGAAAUACGACUUGCUCGUACAAAAGAGUAAGCAUAGCCUACCGCCAGAUAUUGCAAAAUUUAUAAAGACUCUGACUCAGUUGAGCCACUUGGAGAGAUGUUAUUUUCUGAAAUGGAUGAAGAUUCUUCUUGACUCCAUUUCAGCGGCUCACCCGACAGAAUUGCAAGAUCCAAAAUCAAAUAAAAGCACCGAUAAAUCGCCUUGCCUUGAUACCAAAGGUCUUGAGGGUCAAAAAAAGUCUGCGGCCUCCUUAGGCCUUGAACAUUUCAUUCGAGAACUGGCACAGUUUUAUGAAGCUGAAUCUUUCAUGGUGCAGGAGAACAAAUUAAAAAUAAGCGAGAGGAAGUUCCGGCAUCUCCCAGGAGUAGCAGCUGAUCUACUGCUCGAUGGGUUUCCACUGGAGAUGAUUGACGGAGAUGCCUCCAAUGUCCCACUGCAGUGGAUCACUGAUGUUCUGACUGAGCUGGAUGAAAAAACAGCUGGGCAGUGCAGAAUGAGAGUAGUGACUGUCCUGGGUGUACAAAGUACCGGGAAGUCCACCCUCCUGAACACCAUGUUCGGUUUGCAUUUUCCAGUGGCCAGUGGACGAUGCACACGAGGAGCCUUCAUGACGCUUAUUAAAGUGAAAGAAAACUUCCAGGAGGAGCUGGGAUGUCACUUUAUUCUUGUGAUUGACACCGAAGGAUUAAAGGCGCCUGAGAAUAUGUCUCUACAAGGCAGUUAUGACCAUGACAAUGAGCUUGCAACGCUGGUAGUUGGGUUAAGUGACAUCACUCUCAUUAAUUUGUCGAUGGAAAAUGUAGUGGAGAUGAGUGACAUCUUGCAGAUCGUAGUCCACGCUUUUCUAAGAAUGAGCCCAUUUGGUAGGAAGCCCAACUGCAGAUUUGUACAUCAGAAUGUUUGUGAUAUUGCAGCCCACUGGAAUAACCUAAGAGGACGGGCACAAUUCAAGCAACAGUUAGAUGAGAUGACCAAAUUUGCUGCAAAAAUGGAAAAAAGAAUAGACGUGAAGGAAUUUGCUGACGUCCUUGACCAUGACCUAGAAAAUCACAGCGUGUACAUUCCUGGUCUCUGGUGUGGUGACCCGCCUAUGGCUUCAGUAGGUUGUGGCUACAGUGAAAAUGUUAAUGGACUUAAAAGAAACCUGCUGACAUUUCUUAAACACCUGCCUAAGAACUCUCGGACAAUUUAUAAUUUCUUGCAAUGGGUAAGACAUCUAUGGGACAAUGUCCGACGCGAAACCUUCAUUUUUAGCUUCAGAAACAGUGUAGUGGCUUCUGCUUAUGACCAACUGACUGUGAAAUUUUCAGAACUUCAAUGGAAGUUCAGAAAAGCAACCUACCAUUGGUUGGCCGAGACUGAGAAUGAAAUCAGGAACCAGACCGGAACACUUCAAAUGGACCAGUUUGAGAAAUUUAAUGCUGCACUCUGGGAUUUGCUGCAGAAAGAGGAGUCAAGCACAAAAGAAUCCUUGGAAAAGUAUUUUGAGGACGCUUCUAACAAUGGUGGCCUUAUUGAAAGAUAUAAAGAAGAGUUCUUCCGGAGCCUGAAACUGCUAAGAAGUCAAUACGAGAGCCAGUUACGUUCCAGGCUUGAAGACGCCAUUAAGAUCCAAAAAAACAAAAAUGAACUGCAAGCCAAGCAGGAUCAAUGCCACCAAAUUAUCGAAGACAAAGUCAGUGCCCUCAUGGAUCACUACAGGGAAAGAAACAUUAUUCCAAAUAGCCAGAUGAUAGAUUUUGAAUUUACAAAAAUGUGGGAAGAAGCGUUCUCAGGAUUCAACUUGGUGAGUUUGAAAAAGCUUAAUAUCAAGGAAGAAAUCUUUAGACAUCUCCAGAGAGACUUGAGAAACAAAUCUGGAUUGGUGACGGCAAAACUUUUCACAUUGCAAAAUUUAGAGGAAUAUGAGCACAUAGAUUUUAGAGUAGACCCAGAUUAUACUGUUGGGCUUUGGGGUCAAGAAGAUGACUACAUGAACCUUCACCUCAAACUGACAAGCUUUGUGAACUGGCUGCUUGAUAAGUGUAUAGAUUACGUAACAGGCAAGGCCAUCCUAGGAGAAGAUUAUCAAGAGAUUCAUUGUCAGGACCUCCUGGACACGAUCAACAAAGAACUUAAUCAAGAAAACCUUCAGGAGCUCCACACUACGGACUUGUUUGAGGCAGACGUGAAGCUCCUGAUUUUAGGGAGAGCCGCCCCCAUGUUCCAGAUGAUGCACGAUUACUACGUCCAAGAAAAUGACCCAAAGCUGUGUUUGGGGCGACUAAAACCUCAAUACUUCUCCAAAUUUCAAAAUAUUUUCCAAAUGAAAGAUUUGUGCCAAACAAUGGCCAGAAAUAUCUGCGACACGUGCCUUAAACCGGCCAUCACCGAGUACAUUUACAAAAACCUUGGCAAAGAGAUGGUGGACGAUAUUCUGGUGAGUGAAGACUCCCAAAAAUACAGCAGCCGGACAUUUUUCCAGUUCGAUUUGCUGAAAACGCUCCUUCUGGAUAAUAACUUUAAUCAGUAUGCUGACUACACGUUAGACUAUAAGAGGUUUGUGGAUAGAUGGAUUUCAAAAUAUAUCCACAAAAAAUACAAAAAAGGGGAGGCUUUGAAAGAACUGCACGCUAAGGUGCUCUCUUUCAUCACCAGAAAGGUAGUUAACACCCUUAAUGAUCCCAAAGUCCUGGACAGUUCAGAUAUUUCCAAAUUUAUGGAGAAACUUUCAAGCCUGUUGGCGAGAGAGCUGGUUAUCCCUCGCAGAGUGGUGAAAGCCAUACUCUACCAGAGCCAGACGUCCGUCGAGCAGUUUUCCUCCAACAUUCAGGACUUCCUGCCUAAGACAGAAGUAGAAAUAGGGCAGGAGUUCAGCUCUUUGAGCUUCAAAAAGGUCCUCUCAAAACUGACCGUGAAGCCGGAGGAUGAGUUGUUCAAAAGGGUAUUUGGGUGCGGGAAGCAGUGCCCGUUUUGCCGCGUUCCCUGCGAGGCAGGAGGACUGGAUCACCAGGAGCACUUCGCCUCAAUCCAUCGCCCACAGGCGCUGGGAGGAUGCAAAGACCACCAAACGAGAAAGCUUGACAACGUUGUAUGCACCACCGACGUGUUAGGAAACCGCGAAUUCAGAACUGGGAAAACAGAGAACAGGUUUGUUCCCUACAGCCAAUACCGCUGGGCCUAUCCUAAUUGGUCCAUACAGCCUGACCGGAGCCUGAACGCCUCAGAUUAUUGGAAAUAUGUUCUCAAGGAGUUUAACAAACAAUUUGCAGAGUUUUAUAGUAGCCAACCGGCGGACAUACCCGAAGAUUGGCAAAAUAUAACGCAGGAGCAGGCCAUGAAAAGUCUUCAGGAAACCUUCAACAUAACGUAA